UAAACAUAUCCAUGUACUGUGCAUUAAAACUGGAUUGUUCACCAAAUAAUAUCAAUAUUUGCUUAUUUAAUUCUGUUUAAAUGAUGAGGAAUUCAUAUUUAGUUUUUAUUUUGAUGUUAUUUGUUCGUCUACUGAGCGUUUAUGUGGUUCAAACUUCUUUUGUUCCUGAUGAAUAUUGGCAGUCGAUUGAAAUUGCUCAUCGAAAGGCUUUUGGGUAUGGUUAUAUCACUUGGGAAUGGAAAAAACAAAUACGAAGCUACAUCUAUCCUUUUUUAUUUGAAUUACUGUACCUUGUUUUUCCAGAUUCCCCAAUUAUAACUAAACACUUGCCUAGGCUCUUUCAAAGUAUUUUAUCUACAUGUGGAGAGUUUGCAAUUUAUAAACUUUCUGUGAAAUUAUUUGGCAACAAUUGUGGUUCAUGGACACUGUUUAAUAUUAUCACUUCAUGGUUUUUAUUUUAUUGCUCUCCCCGAACAAUAUCCAAUAUGGCUGAAGCUUCUUUCACAGCCUGUGGACUCUAUUUUUAUCCCUGGAGCUUUCAGAAAGAGAAAGGGCUAACAUGUAAAUAUUUAUGGUUUGCUGGUGCUAGCAUUAUGAUUCGUCCCACUGGAUUCAUUUUAUGGUUACCUCUAUAUUGUUGGCAUGCUAUACGAGCAAAUGACAUCGUUUUCAUCAUAAAGAAUACAGCAUUGAAAGUGUUCCUGUUGUUAUCUUUAUUGAUUGCUGUUGAUUAUUAUUACUAUGGAGAGUUUGUUGUGAGUCAUUAUAAUUUCUUCUUAUUUAAUUGGAAAAAUGACAUUGGAGCAUUUUAUGGAGAACAUCAUUUCCUAUGGUACAUGGUGUCUGGCUUGCCAUCAAUUCUAGGUGUUCACUUUAUUCCUUUCUUCUUGGGGCUGUUUGUGAAGAAAAUCCGACAUUUUUAUCUCAUUAUUUUAUGGUUUUUGGUCUUUUUAAGCUUACCAAGUCACAAAGAAUUCCGCUUUCUGUUACCUAUAAUGCAUCUUUCUUUGAUGUGUAGCAGUGUUGUUAUGAAUGAAAUUGCUAUAGGACGGAUGUUUGUCUUUGGACAUAAGCUGAAUGAAAAGCUAAAUGCAGCAAUGAUGAUUGCUAUUAUUUUGAUUAAUGUACCAUUGUCAAUAUAUGUCUCUUUGUUUCAUCAGAGAGGGACAAUUGAUGCAGUUUCACAACUAUCUUCUACGGCAACAGAUAAUUCUAGCAUACUUUUUCUUAUGCCUUGUCAUUCAACUCCCUAUUACAGUUAUAUGCACAAGGACAUUCCAAUGAGAUUCCUUUUGUGUGAACCUAAUUUUUCCAAUGAUGUCAAUUAUAUUGAAGAAGCUGAAGAAUUUUUUCAAGAUGCACCUUCUUGGCUGCAAAAGAACUACGAAUCAAGCAAUGUUUCCUUUCCAUCGCAUAUAGUUAUGUUUGACUCGUUGUAUUCAAACAUUUCCCCAUUUCUUUUCAAACAUAAAUACGAAAAAUGCUUCAGUACAUUUCAUUCACACUUUCCAUCAGGUAGAGUGGGAAAACAUGUGUUCAUUUUUUGUAAAGGUAGUUGAAUCUUAUCAAAAUGCAUUUUUUAUUUGAAGUCAUUUUUUCUGUUAUAAAGUGAAAUGUUGAUGCAUUGUAAUUUUUGAAUGAUUUUGUCAUAGUCAUUUUAAAUCCAUACGAAUGAUUUUGUGAACUGUUACUGAAUUUGUGUUCUCUUUUUUGCUAUGUAUGAAAAGUGUUAUUUAUUUGAAUUUGAAAAUAAAAAUAUUGAAUAAAACUAGUUUUUAUCUGAACAUAGUGUUACACAAAAUGGCAUAAGACUUUUCAGAGUUCACAUGGGCUGACUUGCAUUUCUUUUUCAAGCGUUUAUCACUUUUGACCACUAUUUUGAGACAUUCGAUUUUGAUUGAUUUUUCACAUUUUUAUGUAGGUUUUACUUUUCACAAAUAACACUGAGGAACAAUUAUUAACAAAAUUUCUUUUGAGUUAGACUUUGAGUUGCUUUAGAGUAAAAUAAACUUGCCGAUCUCAAUAUUGUAAUUAGUUUUCUGCUACCUUAUAUGAAUGUAGCCAUUUUCCACAGGAAAGCAUGUAUUACAAGAAGCCAGGCUAUUUUUCUAA